CCUCUAGUUUCAUUGAUCCGGUAUAGAAAGCGAAGCACCGUCAGGCGUGGCUGCGACAUUCACUUUCGGCCGUUCGUUCGCAAACGGCGAUCGAGUUUCGCAAGUUCUACCCGCGUCGUUCGAGUCGUUGGCAUUUUCACGGUGCAUCGUGAGACAGUGAGAACAGUUGAUCGUCGUCGAAAUCGUAAACCGCGAACGAUCCACGGGUUCAUAACCUAGUCGUGUUCCCGACAAAGGAAUAAACCGGUGGCGUCAUCCUUCAACGAGCACCGGAAGUUUCUGCGAGAGUGUCGCCAUCCCGCGGCAACCGCCGGGAACCGAACAACGUUGAUUAAUUAAAGACCGUAGCAACGUUAAAAUGCAAUCAACGGACGAGAACAGUUCGUAAACGUCUUGUUAAUUGACAGGGGCACGCAACGAUUUAAAACAUGUACGAAAAUCUGUUCAAGAACCCAUUGUACCGCGUGUUCGUUUACGGAACACUAAAACGCGGCGAGCCUAAUCAUAGUCUGAUCUCGGAUGCCGCAAAUGGGUACUCGAAAUUCCUCGGACUCGGACGAACCUCGGUCCCCUAUCCUUUAAUUAUCGCAACCAGAUAUAAUAUACCGUUUUUGUUGAAGAAACCAGGAGUUGGUCACCACGUAAUCGGCGAAGUGUACGACGUGGAUACGAAAAUGUUGUCGAAAUUGGAUGAACUGGAAGAACAUCCAGGAUUCUACGAAAGAGCAAUGGCAGACGUAAUAUUGGCUCCGGAAAGGAAACUCAAGGGAACCGAUAAGUUCGAAGAGGUGGGAACAAUGAUGAAAGUUUGGAUCUACUUUUUGCCAAAGUUUCGAGAAUCUUUACUGGAGACCCCGAUGUACAGCUUGUACAGCAACGAGGGAAGCCACGGCUUGAAAUACUGCGAAACGUACGUUCGCGAUUCCAUGUACAAUCACCGACGCGAGGUCCAGUGAUCAAUGCUUCACAACCUUGCUUUCUUUCCAGCGAGGAGAGUACGAUAAGGCCCGAAGAUCUGCUUUGAACGAACCCUUCUUACGCAGACUCUUUCGUUGUCUCUUCAUCAUGCGAACGCUCGCUUCAAUGUUCCGUCUUCUUGCUCUCGUAGUAGUCGAUAAAACGUCAUUCUUUGCAUGAUAAUAAUAAUAAUAAUAAUAACGAUAACAACAAUAAUAUUAAUAAUAAUAAUAAUAAUACCACUAGAAUUCAAUUCUCGAUCUAGUUGUCGCAUUGCUUUCCUACAUUUCUGAUUUGCAAGCCUCCUCAGGUUCGAACAAAGGGAAAACUAAUGAUUGGCACUUCGCGGGCUAUGCGAUUCACCGAUAUAUAUUCUUCAUCGAAACGUAUAAUCCAGUUUUUGUGGAUCGCAAGGAUCGAUUAGUAAUCGCUCGAUAUCGGGACCAUUGAAGGCGACGUCGCACACGUAAUCUAAAGGGCAUGAUGCAGGGUGUACGUCUAUUAUAACAGGUUGAAAAUUACCCUCGUAUAUUAUGUACAUUCUCGGGACACGAAAAAUAUAAUCUUGUAAUAGUAAUUCUCUCGGUACAAGUGUUGCGUACAAUGAGAAAGCAUCGGAACCGCAUGUGUGUGCACAGUUACUUGCAAAAAAUGUUUAUUGAUAGAUUCUCACAAUCAAAAUCUUGAACAUCACUCGUCGUUCGGAGAUGUUAUCAAAUGAAACAAAGAAGAAUGUUACCAGAACA